AAUCAACACAUCAGACCACUGUAUGAGACUAACAUGUACAAUUGUCAAUUUGAUGCAUUGAAAAUACUUGUAAUGCAUGUUCACGUCAUAAUCAACAGGCAACGUCGACUCCACUGUUUGGCUGGAUGAAUGCGAUGAAAAUUGAAAUGUUGUGAAUGGAUGUCGACAACCUACUUGCAACAUUGUUGUCGCUCGGAUUUGAUUAUGAUGAAUGUCAAUACGCGAUAACACAAGGAUUUACCGAUGUAGAAAGGGCUGUAGAAUGUCUCUUAAAUGGAAAAAGUAAGCCAACUGAAAAUAAAGAUUCUGGUUUCAGAAGAAUCCAACUUGAAUAGCAAUGAUCCAGUUGUCAGUCGUUAUAAAUGUGACGAUUCUCAUAAAAAGUCUUUGGAUCAAUUUGAACAAAAGAAACGUGAAAAUAUAAAACAUGAAAGUAAAAAACGGAGGCUUUUAGAUAAACAGGCAAGAAAAGCAGUUUUGCAACAAAUCAAGGAUGAUAAAGAACAAAGAAAAAUUGUUAUGGGACAGCAUAAGAAAAGCAACGAAACCUUAUGUCCCAUAGCAAGUCUCCAUCAGAUAAUCUCAAUAAUAUGUGCAGAAUUAAGAUAAGAUUAUCAAAUGGGAAAAACAUUAUUGAAACGUGCCAAUGUAGUGAACUUUUGAUUUCUGUAAUAUCAAAAGUAAAGAAAAUAUAUAAUGAAGAUGAUGAUGUCCAUAUUAUUCAGCCAUUCCCGCAUCGGAAAUUCACAGAAGAAGAUCUCCAACAAUCUUUAAUGCAAUUAAAUCUUUUUCCUGAUGGUUGUAUAACAUUAAAGAAAGUAACAAGUUCUGUUGACAAUCUCGAAGUUCACCAAUUACAAAGUCUUGAAGUGAAUGCUCAGUCACCUACUCCAGGAGGUGAAGAGAUAUACAUGCAUGGAGAGCAGGACGCUGAUGAUGACGAACAGGAAGUAGAGAAUGUUCGUGAUGAUAUAAGAUGGCGUGGAAACGUUGGUGGAUCUGGAAUGAUAUUAGGUCGACAUCCUCACAAUCCUCAUGCUAUUGAUCCUGUCAUUCAUGCUGAGUCAGCAGCUGAAGCUGCAGAGGCCCGAGCAAAAAUUGAGAAUAUCCAUCCAGUAAUUGAAGAAGAAGUUGGCAAAGUUUUAUCGAUUUCCGGUGAUGUUGAGAGCCUAGUGGAUAUGUGUCUUAAUGAUAUUGCGAGACGUUUACCCGGUCAUCAAUAUCCCGUAACUACUCUUUCUCCUUUAUCGCAUCGUUUAUGCUCCAGACUUUUGAAAUGUUUGAUGAAGAGGAAGACACUGACUUCGAAAACUUUAAAAUAUUUUUUACCUUGUAAAUUGCAACGUUUAUUAUUGGACCAUUAUCUCUAUGUUUCAAAUGAGCUGUUUUAUACAAUGAGGUUAUUUCAAAGUUUGACUCACCUCAGUGUUCAAUCGUGUACUGUGUUCACUGACAAAGCCUUGGAGUACAUCUCAGGUCUAAAGAAGAUUAUAUACUUAGAUUUAAGUAAUUGUACUCAACUUACCAACAAGUGCUUGAUUCAUUUAAAAAUGGAAAACCUUGAAGUUCUCAAACUUGACAACACUAAGGUGACCGAUGAAGGAUUAUGUGAGCUGUUUAGGAAUACACAAUGGAGCAGACUUUCUAUGUUGAGCCUAUGCCAAACCAUCGUCUCUAGUAUGGACUAUCUACAAGCCAAAAAUUUAAAAGAACUUCGUUUGGCUCAAACCAAGGUUUCAGAUUUAAAAGGCUUGAGCAGUUUGACAUGCUUGCGUGAUUUGAAUGUUUCUGGAAGUAGAAUAAAAGAUGACAAUUUAUCAUCAUUGGAAAAGCUUAAAUCUUUGCGCAAACUUAAUUUACGUCAAACUGAAAUCUCUGAUAAUGGACUUUUUUAUCUACGAGAACUACCACUUGUGGAACUUUGUCUUCCUGAAAGAUUAAGAAUAACCGAUGUUGGAGUCAAUUAUUUACAAGAUAUACCGUUGAUUUCUUUGGAUCUUACGGACUAUAUCAACAUUACUGACAAGGCGUUAAGUGCUAUAGGCAGAAUAACGACUCUUAAGAGAUUAUCACUGAGCAAAACCAAGAUUUCUGAUAAAGAUAUUUUACUUCUAAAGGGCCUUGUUGGUUUAAAGGAAUUAGAUUUUACUUUGACUGCGUUUGGUGACGGUGGUUUCGAUGUGUUUUCAUACCUGACUCAACUUGAACAACUCAGUCUGUCUGGUACAAGAAUUACGGAUGAUGGUUUGACUUCAGGAAAGUUAAACAGUUUAACUCUUUUGUGGAAAUUAAACUUAAGCAGAACCACAAUAUCAGACAAAGGUAUCAAACAUCUAAAACUACCCGAAUUAUCUUCAAUCAAUUUGGAUUCAACAAUGAUAAGCGAGAAGUGUUGGGAUUUAUUGAUUGAUUGCCCAAAACUCCAAUUUAUCAGGAGAGAAAAUUUUUAACUUUGAAUUGCGAAGGCUGAAAUGCCCAUUGAUCCUAACUACAGGAUUUUAAAGUCUUAAAUUUUACCACCACAAAUUAAAAGUAUUUCUUUGUUAGCUUCUAACAAACAUUUUGAAGAAUGAAUCAUCAAAUACAUGGUGAAAAAUCAUUGCAACAAGCUAAUUAUGCUUCAAAUCAGUUCUUUACAUGUCACAUCUUUACCAACUAUGAAACACUUAACAACUAACAUUUUAAUCAUUAAAUCAUGUCAUUAUUCACUAAUAUCAAUGAUGAAAUUGAAAAAAUAACGUAAGUAGGUGCUCAACAAAGCUACUAAUAUCACAAAUUAAUUAUUAAAUCAUUAUGAAAAA